AUAGUCCAAGAGUAAAAAGUCAGGCAUUCACAAUAUCAGCAAGGCUCUGACUGGACUGUUGCACACAAAGGAUGAUCAUACUGGAGAUGGACCAAAUGCUGCGACUCACUCGACAUGGCAAUGUUUCCUGCACAUCCACUCAGUAGUUGACGAAAAAAGUCCGAAAUACAACCAUUGUACUGACUUUGGUCCUGGUGGGAAUCCGUAGUUGGUGGAAUAGCAUUGUGAAGAAGAAUGUUGAAGAGGAGGACUCAGUGUUAAACAAACUUCGAAUCGUGUCAUUUGCUUGUCCUGGCAGGAAACUUAGUAAAGGAUCAUGGGUAACACAGGCGACCGGAUGUCCGGAGACCGCCAUGGUGCCAAGGCCCAUCGCUCUGACAGCAGAGACAAAGACCACGAGCCCAGCAAGAUGGUGGACAGCACUGAUGACCCUAACAUCUUCAACACACACGGUCUGGGGUCCUCCAAGGUGUCGGACAAGGAGGAGCCCGACCUGGAUGACCUGGUGAAGACUGGGCCUCAGUCCAGGCCCACGGUCAUCCGCUGGGCCGGAGGAGGGAAGGAGGUCUACAUCGCUGGCUCCUUUAACAACUGGGGCAAAAAGAUCCACCUCAAUAAGAGCCACAAUGACUUUGUAGCGAUCCUGGACUUGCCAGAGGGAGAGCACCAGUACAAGUUCUUUGUGGACGGACAGUGGGUCCAUGACCCCUCAGAGCCAGUGGUGACCAGCCAAUUAGGCACCAUCAACAACCUGAUCGAGGUGAAGCAGUCAGACUUUGAGGUGUUUGAUGCUCUGCAGGUGGACUCUCUGGAGUCUACUGACACCUCAGACCUGUCCAGCUCCCCUCCAGGUCCCUAUGGACAGGAGCAGUACAUGUUCAGGCCUGAGGAACGCUCCAAAGCCCCACCCAUCCUCCCCCCACACCUCCUCCAGGUCAUCCUCAACAAGGACACUAACAUCUCUUGCGACCCAGCCUUGCUGCCUGAACCCAACCAUGUGAUGCUCAACCAUCUGUAUGCGCUCUCAAUAAAGGAUGGAGUGAUGGUGCUCAGUGCGACUCACAGGUAUAAGAAGAAGUACGUCACAUCUCUGCUCUACAAGCCCAUCUAACCCGUGUGUGUAGGUGCACAGUGCUAUAGAGGGCAGCAUGUUAAUACUGCGCUGGGUUUAACCAUGUAGUUGAGAUUGGACUAAACUAACAGUUUACAAAAGAGCUGGGGGCCUGUGGCUGAGACUGGGGGUGCAAAUCUCAAGACACCCUUUUCCCUGUAGAGUGCACAUCACACUUUAGCGCUCAGCAAAUGGGUUCAAAGUAGUGCACUCAAUGUGGAAUAGGGUGUCAUUUGAGCUUCAGCCUGUGACUCCACAAGAAGUCCACAAGGAGAAAUACUGUAAGUGAACUGUGGCGUUUUCCCAUAAUGCACCCACAGUUGAAUAGCAAUAAGGGACUGAAAGAAACCACUUUGUGUGCAGCACUUAGACUGCGUUUACACAGGCAUCCCAAUUCUGAUCUUUUCACAUCAGAUCUUUUCACAUCAGAUCUUUUUCAGAGCUGAUCUGAUUGGUCAAAAGACCAAUUAGUGGAAAAAAUAUUAGAAUUGGGCUGCCUGUGUAAACGCAGCCUUAGAUUCUUUGUGGGUGCGUAGAAAGAACAUUUGGUUCCAUUAAAAACAUAAGGGUUUGAAGACAAGUCUGCUGAUGGGACUUUCAAACACAUAUAAUCAACCUGACGUUUUAUUAAAUUAGCUUUUGAAAGGUUAUGUACACGGAAAGAGGGCAAUUGAAUGUUUCUGGCUUGGAUUUAGUGUCAAACGCUCCCCUUCUUUCUCCAUAUUUUUACUGUAAUUGGACAGUGACUAGACUAAAUGGAGCAUUCUGCAGGGUCUUCCUUGUCAUUACUGUAAUUGGACAGUGACUAGACUAAAUGGAGCAUUCUGCAGGGUCUUCCUUGUUAUUACUGUAAUUGGAUAGUGACUAGACUAAAUGGAGGAUUCUGCAGGGUCUUCCUUGUCAUUACUGUAAUUGGACAGUGACUAGACUAAAUGGAGGAUUCUGCAGGGUCUUCCUUGUCAUUACUGUAAUUGGACAGUGACUAGACUAAAUGGAGCCUUCUGCAGGGUCUUCCUUGUCAUUACUGUAAUUGGACAGUGACUAGACUAAAUGGAGCAUUCUGCAGGGUCUUCCUUGUCAUUACUGUAAUUGGACAGUGACUAGACUAAAUGGAGCAUUCUGCAGGGUCUUCCUUGUCAUUACUGUAAUUGGACAGUGACUUGACUAAAUGGAGGAUUCUGCAGGGUCUUCCUUGUUAUUACUGUAAUUGGACAGUGACUAGACUAAAUGGAGGAUUCUGCAGGGUCUUCCUUGUUAUUACUGUAAUUGGACAGUGACUAGACUAAAUGGAGGAUUCUGCAGGGUCUUCCUUGUUAUUACUGUAAUUGGACAGUGACUAGACUAAAUGGAGGAUUCUGCAGGGUCUUCCUUGUUAUUACUGUAAUUGGACAGUGACUAGACUAAAUGGAGGAUUCUGCAGGGUCUUCCUUGUUAUUACUGUAAUUGGACAGUGACUAGACUAAAUGGAGGAUUCUGCAGGGUCUUCCUUGUUAUUACUGUAAUUGGACAGUGACUAGACUAAAUGGAGGAUUCUGCAGGGUCUUCCUUGUUAUUACUGUAAUUGGACAGUGACUAGACUAAAUGGAGGAUUCUGCAGGGUCUUCCUUGUCAUUACUCUAAUUGGACAGUGACUAGACUAAAUGGAGGUUCCUGCAGGAUCUUCCUUGUUUGAUUCCAAAGGGACGAUGACCACUAAUAAAAUCAGGAUAUACAAUUGGAUAGGCUGUGUACAUUUAACUGAACUGAAGUAUAACAAACUAUGGGUAUUAAAUGGUAUAUCCCAUUUAAUCACUUUAAACUAAAGGCCUCAUAUUACAUAUCAAAUAGGAGUUGUGAAAUGUUGGCCUGUGUCUGUAGAUCUCUGCUUAGUUCUGCUAUUGCCUUCAUGAAAGGAUGCUGCAAGCACUUUAGCUACACGUGUGUCUCCAACAAAUGCUUUGAGCAGGACUGUUGACAUAAACCUUUAACUAUGCAGAUACACGGACACAUCUUGUAGCUUUACAUUGGACCUCAGCGUCCAGGCUGCAUUUUAGAGAAAUAGCUGUUCUGUGGGGAUUUCUUUCUUUCUUUUUUCGUUCUAUUUUCUAUUUAUCCAAUAGAAAUCGAUCUGUUACAUUUUCUGUAUUUAUAGCAAAGAAACAAACAAAUAAUGGUUUGUCUUGAAUGUCGUGCAUGAUUUGAAUGUCUAAUACGAACAGUUUACUGUGGAAUGUGUGGUGGAUUUCACAACUGUGAUUCUAUCAAGAUUAAAUAUUUGUGGCAAAUUGCCAAUAUUGAUUUCAUAAGAAUGUUAAAAAGUGUAAUUUACUUUCAUCAAUAAUGUUAAAUUAUGUUAAACUACUCAGAUUUGACCAUAAAUAUAUUUAAUAUUUAUAAUUUUGAGAGAGUAUUGUACCUAUUGCUUGUGAUACUUCACAACAAUAAUCAAUGUGGGCUGAUAUCUGUAGGUGAUAUAUUCCAAAGAGAAGAUAAUAUAUAAUUACAUGUUUUAUUUGAAGAAACUGAGAAAAAACAAUAUCUCGCUCUGUUUGAGAAUAUAGGAUAUUCUGGUGCUUUAUUAGGCAAAAAACAAAACUUGAAUUUUAAAACUGUUAGCUAACAUGUUUGUUUUUGAACAUACUUUGCAGCAUCACUGUGUAAGCCAGGUACUAUAGAAGGUUGUUUCACUUGUUUGCAAAUAAAAAGGGAAGACGUGUUGACCCUGAAUAUCA